GAAAAAGUUUGUGAACUAUGUGUACGCGAAAGUUGACAAUUUGCUUGUACUUUUAUACAUUUGUUGUGUUGUACUCAAUAUGUGUCAAAGGUUUAUUAUUCAACCUUUCAAGCAUGAAUUUUUCUGCUGGUAUUUCCGGAAGCGCCGAGAGGAUUCCAAAUGCAAUGCAGGAGCUUAAAAUGAUGUAUUAUAAUGGAUCUUCAAAUGCAACUUCAUCAUACAAUUAUACAUUUGAGCAGUCAAGGGAACUAAUGAAAUACAUGAACAUAAGCAAACCAUCAGUCCUUUACAUUCAUGGAUAUGAAGAACAUCCGUUAAAUGAAAGUAUUCAAACUGUAGUAUCAGCGUAUUUGCAAAGAGGAUCAGACAAUAUUAUCGUAUUAGAUUGGAGUUCCUUUGCAUUUGGAAAUUACAUCUCUGUAGCGACACGCACCAAAGAUAUUGCAAGAUAUACUUCAGAUACGAUUCUUGACUUGGUGAAAGCUGGAAUGAAGAAUGACAGUUUACACGUCGUAGGCCAUUCAUUAGGAGCUCACAUAGCGGGUUUCAUGGGGCAAUAUCUUAAUUUCACAAUAUCCAGAGUUACAGGCCUUGACCCAGCGAAUCCUUUGUUCUAUCAAUUCAAUACCGACCAUAUAAACGAAAAAAGUGGUCAACUCGUGGAUAUAAUUCACACGGAUGGUGGAUUUUACGGAGCAUAUCCUCCCACCGGAAGUCUUGACUUUUUCGCAAACGGUGGAAGUAGACCGCAGCCGGGAUGCCAGCUUUUUGGAGUACCACUUUCACCGAGAGGUCUCUGCAGCCAUUGGAGAUCCUGGCGUUUUUACGCGGAGUCCGUUGUAAACAAUACAGCUUUUCCGGCCGUACGAUGUAACUCGUACAAAUCAUUCCGGCUAGGUGGCUGUAGCAAUAACGAAAUAGUUUAUUUUGGCUACGCUAUGACAAAAAACGUUUCGUCAGGAAAUUACUACUUUUUAACAAAUGAUAAAUAUCCUUUCGGGAGAGGACUGGACGGAGUUAGAAGAAAUUAGUAGUAGGCAAUAUGCGACG